GGCAGGAACUCUUGAAAGUUCAGAGGGUGCAGCUGGUCACCUUUUGGGGGAGAUGUGGAGGAGGGGUUUCCUCUGGAGCCCUUUUGCAGAAGGAAGGAGAGAGUGGCAGCAGGAAGCAGGGAAAGAGUCCAGCAGAUGUAUUCCUUGUCAUGGUGAUUGUGAAGCAAAAUGGGAAUGUGCUAGUGCAUGUUGGACCCAAGAUCCAUGCCUAUCCUGAGGAGUUAGUCCGACAACGCUGUGGCCACAAUGGGCAUACAGAGUACCUGAUUCGUUGGCAUGUUCUCAGCUCAGAAAAUGAUACAGGAAGCAGCACAAGUGCCCCUUUGACAGAAACCAAAAUGGAGAACAUCCUGAUGUGGAUGCCGGCAGAUGAUGUCUAUGCCAACUGCCCAACAUUGUUAGGCAAGAGGAAGCCCAAGGAUCAACAGCAGGAGGAGAAAGCAUCUCAUAUAUUAUCUCCUGGUGUCACACUGGAUGAAGCCUCUCUUUUGGAGAUGAAGAAGGAUGUCAAGAACCUGGUUCAGCGAGCUACUUGGCAGAUGGCCAGUAGCACAGUCCCUCAGUCGUCCAUCUUGAACACUAUCCAUGUGCUCAGUGCCUAUGCCAGUAUCGCUUCAUUGAUGGGUGUGUUCAAGGAAACAGGUGCCCUUGAUCUGCUGAUGAAGAUGCUGUGCCAUGAAGAGAAACACAUCCGUCGCAGUGCUGGCAAAAUGCUUAGGGCUCUGGCUUCUCAUGAUGCAGGAAGCCGAGCCUAUGUUCUUUUAUCCCUGAGCCAGCAGGAUGGUAUUGAACAGCACAUGGACUUUGACAGCCGCUACACCCUCCUUGAGUUGUUCGCUGAAACAACAUCCUCAGAGGAACAUGGCAUGUCCUUUGAAGGGAUCCCACUUCCUCAGCUCCCAGGUAAGCUACUCUUUUCUCUGGUGAAGCGUUACCUGUGUGCCACCUCCCUCUUGGACAAGCUCAACAGUACCACAGACCAGGCAGUGGAGUGUGACCACUCUGUACCCUCCAGUGCAACCUCUGAGGGAAAGAAAAGGCUGCUGUGUGAAUUUGACUUCAGCAUGGCCAUGGCCCAUCUCAUUUCAGAGUUGGUACAGGUUAUGGGCUGGAAUCGUAGCUUGAAUUUUUGGCACCUGAAAGCAAAGCGGCCUCAAGGCAUUCGCUCCAUCUUCCAGCCCCAGAUUCCCAUCUGUGCUUCCAUACCAUCAGCCACACAGCUGUCGCAGAAAGAGGACAAUAUUUUCAAACAGCACUCAGCCUUCACCAGUCGCAACAGCUAUGUGGAGUAUGUGAAAGAGAAGCUGAUGCGUGGCAUGCGUGUGCGCAUGUUGGAAGACUAUGAGAAGGUCUCUGCAGGAGAUGAGGGCGAGUUCCUCCAGUGCAAUAAUGGAACUCCCCCUCUCCAGGUUUAUUGGGAGUCUUUGGGUCGUACAUAUUGGGUGCAUUGGCACAUGGUAGAGAUUGUUGCUACAUCAAGGCAUGCAUAUCAGGAAGGCCAGAAAAAGGUAUCCAGCCUUACAGAGACUCUGAGAGAGGACACAGUUUACCAGACAGUGUACUGCAAACCACUUGGGGGACUGUAUUCUAUGCCAUAUCUGACAGAUCAGAUAAAUGAAGUGUCUGGGACCUUGAAUCGGGCUGAAUGGUGGGAGUUGCUCUUCUUUGUUAAGACACUAGAACCAAACAAGCAACAGGAACUUCUUGAGCUCAUCCAGCAGAACCACAAGCUGUUGGAGCUAGAUGAAGAGGGUCUGAUCCAGCUGUUAGUAUCGGUAGAGUUGGCUCAGCAAGUGCUGCAUUUCCUGAGUGAGCACUGCCAGGGCUGCACCCAAAGUGAUCUGCAGAGUUCCCAGGUCUAUCUCAAGUAUUACUUUGGCCAAGGAAGGACAGAGCAGAACUGCCAAAAUGUGAAUGGAAUACCAACCAACUGUGGUGGCUUCUCAGAAACCUUGGCAUCCAAGAAGCCAAAGAAAGAGUUGUUAUCUGCUGAAGUGCCUUCUCCAGCUUCAACCAUGGCAGAGAAGACUGACAGACAAUUGAUUAAUGAACUCCUCAAAAUGGAAGGACUUUCCUUCCCAGAUAUCCUGGAUGAGAAAACCAAAGCUUUCUGCAGUGUGAAGGUGGCUGGAAAGAAAAGCAGCUUGGAGCAACUAGCAGAUGCCAUGGAGAUGAUCCAGAAGUCCAGUAAUGACAUGGAAUUGCAGAUGGCUGGUCUCAAAUUCAUUGCCAAACUCUUGGAGGAGGAGCCUGGGCGAGAGUGGCAAGAGAAACAAGUCCUCAAAUCAGAGAGUGAAAUCUCCAUUAGGGAGAAAAUGGUGAAGAUGCUGGUGGAGUUGCUGAGCUACCGAGUGAAGGAAAAACUUUUCAUAGUGUUGAUGUUGCAGGUGCUGUAUGUGCUCAUGGCAAAGUAUGACUGGCGUGUACCCUUUGCCAGCCAAGGUGGGCUUCACUCUGUACUACGCUGCAUACAGGAGCACCCUACGUCAGCAGCAGUGCAGCAGGCUGGCCUUGCUAUUUUGAAGGUACUGCUGGGUGCUGGAAACUGUGAGCUGCCAGGUGCUUGUUGGAAGCCCUACCCUCUGGACCAUGUUGCCGUCCAGAUGAUGCAACAGACCAUUGCCAAUGUUAACUCUUCUUCCAGCAAGGAUCCUUACAACUUGCUUUGUGUCAUUCCUACAGCAAUUGAGAAGAUGUUAACCACACCUGGAGCCUUGGGAGGAGUUCAGAAUGGACUCCUGGUGCUGAACAAGGUGGUAGACUACUGCAAGGAACUUGUAAAGCAGCUGGAAAACUGUGGUCUCUAUUCAGUUCUACAGAGUUGCUGUGAGUCAGAUCAAAGCUCCAAUGAGAUUCUCGCUCAAAUCAUGCUGAGACAUCUGACAGAACAUAAGCUGCCCCAGGGCCAAGAGAACACAGACUCUGGAGCCUCCUUUAAAUUUAAAGAUGUGGCUCUUGCAAAACUGGUGAGCAGCCUGCACACCAGCCACAUUUGCAAGGAGAUAGUGGCGGCACUGGAGUACUGCCUCUGUGGUCAGGUAACCCACCCAGAGGAAAACAUCUAUGAGCUUCUGUUAGAUGUGCUUUUGCUCAAAGACUUGGCCAAGCUGGGAUCUGAGAAGGAUGUACACCUGGAAGCUUUAAGGAUUUUGAACAAGUGUUUGGCUAAUUCCCAGAAAGAUGAUGUACCGUGGCAUAAGACUAUUGAGCCUUGCUUGUCUUCCAUGAUUGCUCAUAUAAAUGACCGAGAGAUUGUUCAGGAGUUCAUCUGUUUCCUGCACUGCCUGGCCACCAUCAACAAAGAUUGUGCUGUUCUGAUGUGCUGUAUGGGUGCACAAGAAGCCUUGACUAAAGUCAUGGAGAAACACAGUUCCAGCCUGCUGUGGGUGACAGAAAUGGGGGACAUCCUGAGUAACUGUGAGAAAUAUGCCAGCCUAUAUAAGACAAUGACAGUCAGCAUCCUGGCUGGCUGCAUUCAGAUGGUUCUAGGACAGAUAGAAGAACACAGACAAAGUCAUCAGCCUAUCAACAUCCCUUUCUUUGAUGUGUUGCUACACAAUCUGUGUCAAGGCUGCAGUAUGGAAGUAAAAGAGGACAAGUGCUGGGAGAGAGUGGAAGUGUCCUCCAACCCCCAGAUGGCCAAUAAUUUGACAGAUGGGAACCCCAAAACCUAUUGGGAGUCAAAUGGCAGUACUGGCUCCCAUUACAUCAAUGUCUACAUGCACCAUGGGGUGGUAGUCCAGCAGAUGUCUCUGUUGGUGGCCAGUGAGGAUUCCAGCUACAUGCCAGCCCGGAUUAUGGUCAUGGGAGGGGAGAGCACCUCCAGCAUCAGCACCAAGCUCAAUAUGGUGAAUAUCCCACCAUUGGCCAACAGGGUGAUCCUCUUGGAGAACAUGAGUUGCUUUUGGCCCAUCAUACAGAUCAAGAUUAAACGUUGUCAGCAGGGUGGCAUUGACACGCGUGUGCGUGGCCUUGAGGUGCUGGGUCCAAAGCCCACCUUCUGGCCCAUCUUCAAGGAGCAGCUGUGCAGGCGCACCUUCCUCUUCUACACCACCAAGGCCCACACGUGGUGUCAGGAAAUCUCUGAAGACCGGAUGCAGCUGCUGCAGCUCUUCAACAGGUUGAACAGUGUGUUGCGCCAUGAGCAAGUGUUUGCUGAUCACUUCCUUCCUGACGAUGAGGCUGCCCAGGCCCUGGGCAAGACCUGCUGGGAGGCUCUGAUCACUCCUUUGGUGCAGAACAUCACCUCUCCAGAUCCCAGUGGCAUCAGCUCCUUGUCAUGGCUGCUAAGCCAAUACUUGGAUAAUUUGGAGGCAGCCUGGAAGGGCAAGAGCCAAGCUGCGAUCUUCAACUCCUGCGUCCGGCGUCUGAGUCACCUUCUGGUGCAUGUGGACUCCAGCAGUUCUGAGCCUGAGGAGAUGAAGCCCCUUGCGAAAUCAACAGAUGGAAAGAAUGGGAAGAACAUAGAGUCACGCUUGGGAGCUGUCAAGGAAGCUGUGAAAAAACCCAGCAGCACAGCAGGCAUCACACAGUGCUGGAAAGGUGUGGUCCAACAGCAGGUGAAGUGGUUCCUGGAGUUCUCCUGGCAAGCCUCAGACUUUGUAGAGCAGUAUUGCAGCACUUACCUGCGCCUCCGCACCGCCAUGGAAGAGCUCUUUGGGCAACAGAUGUCCUUCAGGCUGGCUCUGUGCCACGGCUUCUCUGGGGGCUUGCUGCAGCUCUCCUUCUUGACAGCCAUGCAUGUAAGUGAGCAGUUUGCCCGUUACAUCGACCACUGGAUCCAGGAAAGCUGGGCGGAUUCAGGCAAUGUGGAGACCUUGCAGCAUCUGCAGCAGAGUCUGGAGCCCAUCCUCUUCUUGGCAGGCCUGGAGUUAGCCAACACCUUUGAGCACUUCUACCGGUACUACCUGGGAGACCGGCUCCUGUCCCAGGGCAAGACAUGGUUGGAGUGUGCUGUGGUGGAGCACAUUGGACUCUGCUUCCCCAACCGUUUCCCUCAGCAGAUGCUGAAGAACCUCAGUGAGUUGGAGGAGCAGCAGCAGCAAUUUCACCUCUUCCAGUUGCAGCAGUUUGACAAACGUCUGCUUCAACUUGAUCGUGAUGGGAAAUGUGAGGAGGAGGAACAGGAAGGAGAGAUGUUGGAGGAAGAGACAGAGGUGAAAAUGCUGGCCUUGUCUCCAUGCUGUUGGACCAUCUCUCCACACUGUUACAUGGGAGAGCCUGCCAGAUUUUUCCCAUCACCCCUCAGUCUGCAGCUGGGCAAGUUUUCAGACUUCUAUACCCAGAGUCAAAGCCAUUUUGGGCUAGAGGUAACAAAACCACGGCAUUUACAGUGGACUUGGUUGGGCCACGCGGAGCUUGAGUACCAGGGCUGCACCCUGCAUGUGUCUACGCUGCAGAUGUACAUCCUUCUUUGCUUCAACAGUGCUGAGGAGGUUUCUGUGGAGACAUUAUUGCAAGCAACAGGUCUCUCCCAUGUUCUCUUGAAUCAUGCACUGAAACCUCUGACAAAGGAGAAUGCAAUCCUCAGCCAGAGUGAGAGUAUCUUGAAGCUGAACCAGGCAUCAUUGGUCCAGCUAUCUGGCCAGCACUUAUGGGUUUCGCCUAGGCCAGAAUACCUGAAUGUGAAUGAGGAUGAGGGGCAUGCUCUGAUGAAAAAGAGGAACAUCAUCUGCUCCCUUCUCAUUCAGAUCCUAAAAGAGGAGAAGGAGAUCCACAUUGACAAGCUGGUGUUCAAGGUGAUACAUGCCUACCUGAAAAUAGAGUGUGUCUCCACGCCAAAAUUCUUGCGCUUCUGCUGCAGCAGUGUUGAUGUCCUGUCCUGCAUCCUGCACUUACUGAACCAGGGCUCUGUUCGACGCCAGGAAAACCAUCCACAGUUCUUGGAGUAUGUCUCCACAGAGCUCUCAAGCCAGGCCCUGCCAAAGAACCAGCCUCAGGCAACCUUUCAAACUGUGCAGAUCAAAAAAGUCCCUAAUGUGCCAUGUGUGGAAAAGAGACAGUCAUUCUCUACAUUUAGAUAGAAGUGGCUACUCACUUGGCCGAGUGGUUGUCCAAGAGCCCUCUUUUUGUGGCUGGGGUGAGAGGGCUGCCUCAUUUAUGUGUGAGCAUGGCUGGAAAGAUCUUGCUCCCUGGGUGGCCCUAGGUCGUUGUACUGAUUUAAAAGUUACAACGGCAACAUGGAACUACAUGUGGUCCAUUAUCAGUAAAGUGAAUACAGCCAAUUCCCUCCUGAGAAGAGAAACAGGAUGAACUGACAUUGCAAGCAGCAAUUUCCCAGAAGGUAGAUGUUAAACCAACUGACUCGUGCAUUUGUUACUUGACUGCAAUGUAUCUGCCAGCCAUAAACUCCCUGAACUAGCA